UCAAAACUUUGAACCUUUCCUGAAAACAGUGAAGCGAAUACCACCCUCCUUCCUGUUCUUACAAAAGGUUUUGGUCACAGAAUUUCUGCCAUACUGUCUAGUCUCAGAAGUUUUAUUGGGCUUCCUACUGGUUAUGGAACACUGACUACUCGGCGUUCAAGAUACAGGAAAAUAAACCCUGCUUCUCCAGUAUAAGUAUUCACUAACAGAGGUCCACGAUGGCUGCUCUCGUCACAGAGAAUUUCAAGUUUGUCUCCCUCUUCUUCAAGAGCAAAGAUGUGAUGAUCUUCAAUGGUUUGAUCGCCCUGGGCACCGUGGCCAGCCAGACCAUGUACAACAUCUUUGCUUUCAGCUGCCCAUGCUCUUCUGGGCGUAACUACCGCUACGGCCUGGCAGCGCUCGGGGUGCCCGCCCUUGCGUUCUUCCUCAUUGGCAUGAUGAUAAACAAGAGCAUGUGGGACCUGGUGUCUGAGUGCAGGCUCAGAAGGUGCGGGAAGCUGUCGGGGGCGGCGGUCUUUGCACUUUUUGGAUCUGUCAUCGGGCGUGCGGCGGUGGCCCCGGUGACGUGGGUGGUGAUCUCUCUUCUCAGGGGGGAGGGUUACGUCUGCGCCCUCAGUGAGUUUAUUGACCCCACGACCUUGGAGGGAUUCCCGUCAGGACAGGCGCCAGAGGUCAUAGCCAAGUUCCCUUGUGAGGGGAGUGUCCCUCCAGAACUACAACACUUCCGGAGUGAAAUAGAGCGUAGGCUGCGGUAUGAGUCUCAGUUGUUAGGCUGGCUGCUGGUGGCAGCCAUGGCGCUGGCUGUGUUCGGGAUGCUUUGCGUGAAGCGCUGCUGCUCUCCCCUGGGCUACCAGCAGGAGGCCUACUGGUCCCAGUUUCGCUCUUGUGAGAACGACCUCUUCCAGCGCACGGCCCAGGCGCACGCCCUCCUCCACGCCUCCCAGAGCGUGAAGAGCUUCUUUGGCUUUGUGGCGCUGGAGAAGAACGAGAAGGAGCUGCUCCUGGAGAACCAGGCCGCCAACCCUGUCUCUAGUACGGAGUGGAACAGAGUGACUGGAGUCUAUCUGUACAGAGAGAAGAAUGGGUUGCCUCUUUAUAGCAGACUGAACAAGUGGGCUCAAUAUAAUGUGGAGGACAACACUGAGGAGAUGGACAAAGAGAUGGACACCCUCAGUUGACUGUCAAUGGACAGUCCAGUGUUCGUGAACACUGGCGAUAGGGAACCAUGUGGUGUGGUGGCUUUGGUUCCAGUCCAGUGCUAACACUAUUGAUAAUUAGGCUUUGCCGAUGGGUAUUUGUGUUAGCUAACAGUGGACUGAAACUGAAGCUCACACUCCUUGAGAAUUCAGUAUACUUGCUGUUUAUUUAGGUAUUCUAAACAUGUCCUCAUGAAUUUACAUUUAGUUAUUUAGCAGAUGCUCUUAUCCAGAGGGACUUACAGUAAGUACAGGGACAUUCUCCCCAAGGCAGGUAGGGUGAAGUGCCUUGCACAAGGACACAACGUCAUUCGGCAUAGGCGGGAAUCGAACCUGUAACCUUCAGAUUACUAGCCCGACUCCCUAACCGCUAAGCCACCUGACUCCCUCAUGCAUGUAUAGUAAAAGAUUCCACUGGAUCUAUACCGCUCAGGAGUAAUUUAGUAUGCAUUAUGAGUGUUUAUACAUUGUCUUGUUUACACGUAUUCUCUGCUCUUUCUAUCUGUCCCAGAGUUUUCAUCCAACAUAAGGUGAAAUAAUUAUUUAAGAAAUAAAAAUAUGAUACAGUCUGCAUGGAAC